AUGAACGGUUCCUGCAGCCCAGUGAAGGUUAUUGAGCAAUGUCAGAUUUCUCCACCACCAGGCUCAGUUCCUACCACCACUCUCCCCCUCACAUUCUUUGACAUUGUAUUCCUCUUCCCUCCUCCCAACGAAAGUGUCUUCUCCUUCGACUUCCCUCAGCCUCUUCACCAAUUCACCCAAACCAUCCUCCCCAAGCUCAAACACUCCCUUUCUCGCACUCUCCAACACUUCUUUCCCUUGGCCUCAAAUCUCAUAUGCCCUCCACCACCCUCCAAGCCUUAUCUACAAUACACCGCGGGCGCCUCACUGACAUUGACAAUUGCCGAGUCCUCAGGUGAUUUCAACCGCCUCACGUCCCACCUUGUAGAAGAUGUUGAAGAAUCUCACCUCCUCAUUCCGCCGCUGCCGCCUUCGAGUGUGUUAGAGGACGGCACACGUGUGGUACCUCUUCUGGCUGUACAGAUCACUGUGUUCCCAAACUCUGGGAUUUGCAUUGGUACCAACUGUGAUCAUGUAUUGGCUGAUGAGAGUUCAUUUCAUCAUUUCUUGAAGUUCUGGGCCUCUGUAUGUAGAUCAGGAGGAGGAGACAUUAAAAUAGAGUCCUUACCAUCUCAUAACAGGGGUUUGAUCAAAGACCCGUGUGACCUAAAGAACAAGUUCGUAGAUGAUUGGAGAAGCUGGACUAGUACUCCUACCAAAUGUGAGCAGUUGAGAACCCAAUUCCUCAUUGGAAAAGUUCGAACCACAUUUGUGUUCAGCAAAGCCCAAAUUGAUAGAUUGAAACUCUGGGUCUCCAACUUGUUCAUCAAACUUCAAGAUUCUAAGCCAACACAUUUGUCAUCUUUUGUGGUCAUAUGCGCUUUUACAUGGGUUUCUAUGGUGAAAGCAGAGGAGAUCAGUGAUGACGAAAUGCAAUGCCACUUCAAUUACGCAGCGAAUUGCCGCGACCGCCUUGGAUAUCCAUUGCCGGGAUCAUACUUUGGGAACUGUUUGUCCCUUCGUUCAGCGCAAGCGAAGGAGAGUGAUCUUGUGGGAGAAAAUGGGAUCGUUGCGGCUGUGAACGCCAUAGGAAACAAUGUGAAGGAUUUGGAGAACGGGGUAUUGAGAAAUGCAGAGGAUUGGACUGCAGGUUGGGUCAAGGGAGCUACUAGGAAAAAAAGUAUUCCUAGACAUUUUACCACCCUUGCUGGGUCGCCAAGAUUUGAUUUUUACAAUGAACUUGAUUUUGGUUGGGGGAGACCCAAAAAGUGUGAGGUGAUUAACGUUGAUUUUGACAGAUGUAUCUACGUGAGUAAUAGUAGAGAGGAGGAAGGAGGGAUUGAGAUUCUGUUGGCGCUUAAAAGGGAGCAAAUGGAUUCCUUCUGUUCCAUGUUCAAACAAGCUUUGAAACUUGCGGAGGUGGAACUGUAA